GGAUGAGCGAGAUGAUGUGUGUGAUGAUGACUGUUGUGUGAGUGGUGUACUGGAAGGCUGAAAUAUAAAUUAUUUCUGGAAUUCGCUUCAAAGACAAAUAUGAAAAAAGAACCCAUUUAUAAAGAGUCUUUAACGGUAAACUGUGUAUCACAUCUGCAGCUUUUCCACUGUUACCUCUUUAUUGCUGGUAUAGAAGAUAUAUAUUUUUCCCUCUUAAUAAAAGUCUAAAAAUGACCAGUGAUCCUGACUUCUGUUUUUUGUUUGUUUUCAGUAAAAAGUUAAGGGAAAAAAUGGCAAUAGCUAUUCAAAAUGCUGAGCUAUAGGAAUGGAGAGCAUGAGGAAAGCUUUAAUUGAAAUGAGAACAGGGAUCAGUCAGUCAGACCAGUGGUUGAACAGGUGGGUCUUCGGUGUGGGUUUUCCACCUGAUGCAAAUUGAGAAAUCAUGCUAGUGAUAUUGUUGUGUUACUGCUUUCAGCAAAGCCAUGCUGAGGCUUGUUGGGGAGCUGCAAUGCUAGUGUGCAGCAGGUACUGAAAAGAUAGUGGACAGCUGUAUAUUUAAAAGCAACAAUUACCUUGCAGUCAAAUCUUACUGAGAGGCUUCCAUUGUUAUUACUGCAGGAUUCUUAUGGGGUGGAUUCAAAGCCUGAAUGUGGGGGGGACUGAUGGUAUACCCUAUUCUGCACGUGAUGUUCAGUGUAGCUGCAAGGACAUGAAAUGGAGCAGGAAAUGUGGCUGAACUGUAUAGUAGUAGUUCAACUAAAUAUGGUACGACUUAUCUUUGUACAUUUGCUAUUGACCUCAUUUGAUUGAGCUUGUCUGAAACAGUCUUGAGACCUUUCCCAGCUGUUUCCCAUAUCUUAUGCAAAGUGUUGUUGGUAACACACUACGUAAUAAAUUUAAAACAAUUGUCUAACUGUUCCCUCUCUGACUUUAGGUCAUCAAGGUUUUAGUGUCCACAACUCAGGUGAUUAGAUUACUUUUUGGGUUAUGGCAUCAUUGGUGAGUCUGUAUACAUCCUGAGGAAAAUAACCAGUUGUGUAGCUGCUGCAGGAUCUGAGACUGAUAAUCUCUUGGUGUGGGGCUGCUCUCAAGGAUAGAGGAUAAUGCUAAGUACGCAGAUUUAUUUGCCAAAUAUAUAAUGCACCUGGUUUGCGUUAUCACCUGUUACUGAAUGUUAAGUGCUACUGAAUGAGUUCAUUAUAGGUGAGAAGUCGGUAGAAACCAUUUACAUGCUGCUGAUUUUGGAGUUGAAGAGCUUGACAUGUCUAUUUUUCUUUCCCACGUGAUCGUUUUGUUGUAAUGCCUAUGUGUCUUCUUCCAGUGAAGAGUUUUGAUGCUGCUCAAGUAUCUUAUUAUUUGCUCUCUUGAUUCCAAAUUGUUUUGAGCUUGAUAUCUCCCUUCUAAUGUUUGUUUAGCUUUUCCCCUUGAGUCAGUAUUGGCUUGUGCACUCUCAGCUUGGAUGAACCUCAGCAUCUCUAGAUGAGAAGGCAUGUGUUCCAAUUCUAGGCAGUGCAUUAGAAUAAAAUCUCUUUUCAGAAAACUAAGAAAGUUCUUUAAACUCUUGUUGGAUAAAAAACUGAAUGUGCUGUGAAGAUGGCCACUGUAUUCUUAAGGCAGAAAGCAAGGUUUGGGCCUUGGUGUUUCAGUCAUUUUGCAAUGGUUACAGACACCUCCACAAGCACUGAUCCAAACAAAUGCUGGAAGCAACCUCAGCAGCUCAGGCACUCUUGCACAUUGCCAUUCACAACUCUUCAUUCUGUAUCUUCAAUGAUACAGGCCUUGAUUUGUACACAUUACAGUACUAGUCAGGGCUUGAUCCCAACUGACUGUCCCAAUACUGUAAUGCUUUUUGCAAUCCCAAUGGCUGCACUUACUGACAUCAGUGUUUUUUUUUUCUAAGCGAGAUGUGUCCUGGAAGAUAGCAGGGGCAGCAAUUUCUUUGUCCUAAGGAGUAGUUAACUUUGUGUAACCUGAGUGUCUCUUAGUUCGAGAAAUUACCUGAAGUAAGUUCUGUAACUUUUUUGGUCUCUUUCUUUGGUAGUACUGCAGAAGUUUUUUGAUAGUAUGGAAAGGCAGGAGAAAUUAUGACCUGAGGUUACAUGCAGGAAUGGGAUCUACCAGAAAGAAAAGGAAGAGCUGGGAGGAGUUUAACAAACUGCGUUGAAGCUGGGCUCUGAAGUGAACCCAUUAUUCAGGUCGGGCAGACCUAGAGGUAAUCUUACUGCAACUUUCCUUUUUAGAAUGUUUCUUCAAACAUAGUUCAGCAUUGUUAUCUGCAGCAGUUCAUUUUUAUCUUGCAUAUCUUGUGUAACAUAACUUAAGUCUUCCCAGUCUUGAUAUCCCAAUUCCCCUUUAUAUCAAAUGCCAGCUUCUCCUAAAAAAAAGUGUUCCUUAUAAUACUGGUUUUUCAGAGGCAUUGAGGUAGAGACAUUGGUCUCAACAAUAGCUUGUCUAUCGUGAGCAUGACAAUGGUGGGGAAAGCAGAACUUGGCUCCCAAUACUGUUGUAGUGCUUUGGCUGUAAGUUCAUCCUUCCCUCCUUGCAAAGAAGCCAGAUACCUCUUGCAGCUGAGCUUUGUUAUGCUUCAGUUGGUAGAAUUUCUCUCUUAAGUAAGGGAUCACUGGAGACAAGUUUCCCUGUAUCACUUCAUUCGUAACGGGAGCGUGUUUCUGGGAGGAUUGUACUCACCCUCUGGACAAAGAUUUAUUUGUUUUAUUUCCUUACCGUGAGGCAACUGGUCAAGGUACAUUUGCUGCUCUUAGGAAUAGUACAGCACUGUGUUGCACAUAGACUAGUCACUGCAGAGACCAGUUGUGCUGGCUGAGACCAUGAUGUGUUUUUUAAGGCUUCCAUGAAGCAUUGCUUGUGCCUCACCCAGUUGAUAGUGUUAUCCUAGAGGGCUAUUAGUGGCAGAGCUGAUUGUGUUUCUUUAAAUGAACGAUGCCAAUGGGAAUGGCAUGUUAGGCAGGGCAGCUGCAAGCUCGUCCUGAAACACAACCACCCUUGGAAACCCUAUCCCUACCCCACUGACCCAUGCAGGCUGACUUCAUAGUGUUGACUGACCACGCCGGUUGCGUCAAUGCCUGAAAUGUUACUGCUUCCUGGCAGCGGGGUGGAUCCUGUCGGUGUGACUGAUAACGUGUUACUCGAAGCAGGGGAAAAGCUGCAUUUACACAUCUUACACAUGGCUGAUAACACAGGCUUGUUACCCGUGGGAUGGAAGAAUCCUCGCUCAGUUGGGAUGUCCCUGCAAAGCAUGCUUCCAAAUGCUAUGCUCUGGAACUUUUAGGCAAUAUCAUCUCCUCUUCACAAAGAGUCCCAGCAGCUCACUAUCUUUAGCUCUGUCCCUUGCACUCACAAAUGUGCUCUGGUGCUAUACCUCAAGCCUUUAGGUCUGAAAUGCUCUGCCCAUGGAGAGGCUGUGUUGCAGAGCCCAUUGCUGGAAAAUAACGUUCUAUGCAAUAGCCUCUCUUCUGCUGAAAUCCUGGCACUGCUGACUGUUGCAGCAGGAGAAGGAAACAAUCUUUCUCCUUUUUUGUUCCAUGUGAGGGUCACUCUCUUGUAAGAGCGCAGAGCAUUGCUGAGCCCUGCAGAUGCCUGGAGUUCUCAGUGAUAAAGCCCGUUGCUCUCCCUCUCCUUUCCCCUCAUUGCACUGGACUUAUCUGGGUGCCUGAGUUAUGUUAAGUGGCGGGUGCGUGCCUGUUCUCCAUUCCCCUUGCUGCUUUUGCUCCUUGGAUUUCAAUUCCAAACAUGGUUAUCCCUCUGGGGUCCCUCUCCUCGCCGCUGCCAAGUGAUAGACGUACCAAAUCCAACCCUGCCGCCCUCCCCGCUGCUCUCUCACGGGCUCAUUUUCACUGCCAGAGGGCUGGCGACAGGAGCAUUGCAACCAGAUCUCUAACUGGGCUCAGAGUUUUCCAGCUAAUGGCCUCUGCUUUCUCUUUGCCUGAGCUUUUUCAGCUUCUGUUUCGCCAGAUCUGUUUUUCUUUGGUGCAGCUAGGGAGAGGGCCAGCCUGAUUUGUGAGCCACAAAGAGGAAAAGUGAGCUCUUUGGGGAUUUUUCAAUAGUGAAAACAUCUAGCAGUGCUUUAACAUGUCGCUGUGAAGUGCACUGCUGUGGGACCGGCCGGCACUGAGGAGUAGGAGGAGGAACAGCCACCCAGCAGCUCUGCUUUCAGACCUCUGCACUCUUUGCAUAUGACAAUUGCUUUUUAACUCCAGCCGGCCGGGGCAGGAUGAGCACCAGCAGCCCCUCCUGGGACCAAGCUGUCCUCCAGCCUCCUGCCUGCGAUGCCUGGAAGGUGCACAUGGAGGGAGCGGCCUACCAUCUGGCCAGCUGUAUCGUCCUCCUGGGCUACAUGGGUGGCAGCGGCAUCUUUGGGUCCCUCUACAUUUUUGGCCUCCUGGCCCCGGGCUACUUCUGCUAUGCUCUGUGGGGCUGGCUGAGUGCCUGUGGCCUUGACAUCUUAGUCUGGAAUGCACUGCUCGUCCUCACCUGCGUACUGCAGCUGGCCCACCUGGCUUACCGACUCCGCAGAGACACCGUCCCCGAAGAGUUUGAGCUUCUCUACAAGGCCAUGUACCUGCCCUUGCAGGUACCCCUGGAAGUCUACAGAGAAAUUGUGAAGUGCUGUGAAGAGCAAGUGCAAUCAUUAGGCCGAGACCAGAAUUACGCAGUGGAGGGCAAGACGCCCAUCGACCGGCUCUCCUUGCUGCUGUCUGGCAGGAUCCGUGUGAGCCAGGAUGGGCAGUUCCUCCACUACAUCUUUCCAUACCAGUUUCUGGACUCUCCAGAAUGGGAGUCACUACGACCUUCCGAGGAAGGAACGUUCCAGGUCACAUUAACAGCUGAAACUGACUGCAGUUACAUCACCUGGCCAAGGCGGCGGCUGUACCUCCUCCUGAGGAAGGACCGCUACAUUGCCCGCCUCUUCUCCUCCCACCUGGGCUAUGACAUCUCAGAGAAGCUCUACUCCCUCAAUGAGAAGCUCUUUGCCAAGUUUGGUCUUCGCUUUGACAUCCGCUUGCCCAGCCUCUACCAUGUCCUGGGGCCGGCCUCCUCAGAGGGGGAGCUGGAGGAGGCCGAGGAGCUGCCGCGCUCACCGCAGCCUGACCAUGGGCUGGACGGGGCCUUGGAACCCCCUCCACAGCCUCCACCACCACCACCACCUGCUUCGCGCCCUCGGUCCUCCCGGGCCGAGAGCGACCUGCUGGGUGAGGACUCCACCAGUCUUGUCUUGGAAGAUUUUGCUGAGUUACCAGGGUCAUUUAUGGACUAUGUGAGCGAAGGGGAGUAUAUGAAGUGAGGGUGCUCCCUGUACGGGCAUGCGUCACCCCAUGUGGCACCCCUGCGUAAGUACCUACCAGUGGCAGCAAGUCGUUCCCCAGCCUCUUGCCCUUGCUUGCCACAGAGGUAAGGAAAAGUGCAGGUGGCUCCCCUGAGAUCCCCAGGGGCAGAGGUACAGCAACCUCAAAGCAGAGCAGAAGAUAGUGGCUGCUCAGCCUUACCAGUUCCCUCCUGGUGGCUUCCCACUACCAGCGCAGGAUUCCUUGCUCUCCUGUUAUGGAGGUUAGCAUACAAGUAGGUAUAAACCCACACCACACAGCCCUCUUUUUCGCCAAGGAAAUCACCACAAAUGUACCUUAUGAUUGUCAGGUGCACCUGCUUGGUCAUCAUGGUGCUGGGAAGGACUGUGAUACUGCCGUGAGGUCUGCUGCACUUGGCAGCGUUUUUUUGCCAGCUGAUACAGAGGACCCAAGGAGAUGUCCUUGACCUACAUGAUUUUAAGCAGGAGGAGGUAAAAACUUAAUUAUAGGCAUCAGGCACACAGUGGGGUCACCAACCCAUAGGAAGCGCCUCCCUGCCUUGUUCUCUCCAUCCCCCUGGGGAGGCAGAGGCACUAUAAUGGUGUCCAGGUUAGUGGGAUGUAUGGGUAUCUGCAAGGACAGCAUGGGAUUAGCCUGUUUGUGUGAGGUAGAGCUGUGACUGGAGAUACUCUGGUGUGGAACUGAGGAGAGUAAAUGCAGAUAAGGGAGCUGACAACUUCAGUGAGGCCAGCACAGGUAAAACCACCUCCUGGGCUUAACGUGGAUGAAUAGUGGGGAGCACUGUGCAUUGUUCAAAGUCUCCAAUGACACUGAACUCUGGCAGGCCAAAUGUAAAAUGUUGUUUUUACAUGCCCCAAGCUCUACUUUCUGGUAGGUGGGAAUAAAAUGCUCCCCUCCAAAAUGCCAGCUCCUUGCUCUUGGGGAAGGAAAUUCCUGGGCUUGGGGACAUUGGGGCAGUACAGGCAAACAGAAAUAGCUAGUAGACUGGCUCAUACUUGAAAUUCACAUACAAGUGGCUGAGAGAUAAAUUCCAUGCUGAGCUACAUUUAGCCAGCUGCUGCACGCCAGCUGCAGUCUCCAAAUGUGCAUUCCUGCUGUCUUGAAAUGCUGCUUUCUGGCAGCCAGUUGCCAGACUCUAAGCAUAGGGCUGGGAUUUCUGUCCUAGAAGUGACCACUGCAUGAGUCCAAGCUGAGUCUGCAAGAAAGCUAAAAAGAGUUUUGAAAGCAGUGGAGCUGGAAGAUCUUCCUGUCCAAUGCCAUUCUGCUUUGAAUUAAGCCAUGUGCCUGUUCCUGCAUUUCCAUGUCUACUGACUUGAAAUCUGGAAUAUGAUGGAGCUAGCCAGGAGAGGAACAAGUGUGUUUGGUUUUCCUUGAACUGGAUUUAAACAAAACAAAAUAAAAUAGCAAGAGUUUUGCUUAGUUUAAAAAAAAUGGCUCGCAAAAAAAAAAAAAAUUAAAAUCCUUAUUUAUUUUCUAGCUUAGGAGUUCUCCUAAUUUGACAGUUAGGCUGUACGCUGCUGGAGGUACAAACUUGAAGCUUUUUCAGUCCUUACUUGGAGAAGCAGGAACAUCAGUUAUGAGACAGUCAUUCUCUUAACUGUCAGGCAUUUCUGUUGCAUAGAUGCAAUCAAAAAUAAAUGCAGUUAGUGCUGUAAAUGGGGUACAGGCACUUUGUCUGUGUUUUGCUUGUAUGUUGUUUUCUCAGUGCUAGGAUAUCCAUUCUCAGGUCACUGGCAGAAUUCUCCUGGUAGAUGAAGCUCAGUAAAAUCAGAAUUUCAAAUGCUUUCAAAAAAUAAGGAAGGAAGUGAUGGAGGCAAGGAAUACCACAGCUUUUCUUGAAUUGAACCUUUCAGCCAAGUGUAUUUGGCGUACGACAAUACUGUGAACAUGCAUGCAAAAGGUGCCUGUUUACAUUCGCAUUAGGGAAGGCUCAUGGGAUGCAACACAAAGGUCCAUAUUCUGUCAUAAAGUCCUCUUAAAACAUUUGGAAGCUCUUGUCUUUCUAGAUCUUGGGACAGAGGCAAUGUCAGCAUGGCUUGAUAUUUGGAGUAGAGACUUGUGAUAGAAGCCCAAAUGUUCCAGAGGUCUGUGUUUGGAGUGGAGGAGGGGGACGGUCUUCCUUUUGUCACACCAGGACAUUGUUCCACCAUGACCCGAGCACUUAACAGCAAAAGGUAGUGCUAGAGAUGAGCUGCAGUUCUCCCUGCUGGCUGGGCACAUGUGCAGCUGCACCAACCUGCUGCAGCCUGGGGCAAGCACUUUUGUAACUUCUGCCUUAAAAGGGGUGAAAACAGUAAACAGGGAUAGUCCUCACAGCUUGCUUGAGGUAUGCAAUAGCUGUGGUCUCAGAGCUUCUCUGGGGCUUUCCCAUGUCCUGAGCUCUCAUCUGUCUCUCCAGCAGCUUCCAGCCUAGCUAAUUACCUUCUGGUUCUCUAAAUUCUCUAAAUUCUUCUUGCUGAAGUGCUUCUGCAAAUCACCUUUCUUUUCAUUGACCAUUGCCACCUUGCUACACCAUAAUGCAGGAAACAGGUUCUGAAUGACCACAGUGAUUUUUGAAUAGAUCUCAGUUGGAAAAAAUCUGCAAGGUCACGAAGUCCAACCGUUAGUGUGACCUACUGAAUCUUAUCACUAAACCACAUCUCUUAGUUCCACAUCUGCAUAUUUCUUAGAUACCUUCAGAAGUGGGAACUCCACUGCUCUGGACAGCCUCUUCCAAUCCCUGGUCACCACCUCUGUGAAGAAUUUCUUCCUGAUGUCCAACCUAAACCUCCUCCUUGCAACUUGAGGCUGUUUCAAUACAAAAACUUUCCUGUGUGUUGUCCUACUAUACUUAUCAUCUAGUCCUUGAGAGAAUUUCUAGUCUGCUUGCAAGCAAACAGACUGUGUUAUCCUACUGAAGAGCACAUGCUUUUUCAGGAGAACAGCUAUUUCAGUAAUUCACCUGUUUAAAAGAGACAGGUUCAAGGGUUCUGUUCAAAACUUGUUUUAGCAGCACACUGCUGUAUAGCCCAGUGCUCCCUAGCAAACAAAGCUUUAAUCCCUGAAUGAAAAUUGAUACAACCACAAGCCACCUGCCUUUUCCCCCUUCCAUAUUGCAUUCGCUCUGGCUUGUUCUAUAAAUGCUUGCAAGAUGCGUAGCUGCUGCUACUUAGUUUUGCAUCUGUGAGCUGGCUUUCUCUUGGGUGGGCAAAAUGGAUGGGUGCUCGAUGGGCUGUAGCCUGGUAUCUACAUUAGUAGGAACUUUUACACCUGCUUUGUGAGCAGAACUAAAGGAGCUCUGGGCUUUGUUCCAGUGGUAUCACAGAAGAUGCUUGGAAAAGCUUUGGUUUUGCUGCCUCAGUGUGCUUGGAUAACAUUUUCUGAUUUAUUGUGUGUGGAAGAAUUAUAUGGUUUUGCAUGCUAAUUUAACGGGAGAGGGUGAAGAGGAAAGGUAAUGGUGAACUCUGUGAGGUUUGUGUCUUGGAAAGGUUUGCAAAACAAGUAAGAAUUAUUCCUCUGACGCUAACUUUCUUUCUUUGUCUCUUUCUCUCCCCCUUAAU